CAACUUAGUUUGUAGACACCAUGGUACUGUAUGUCCGGAAUCACAUCUUUGUAGCUAAUCGGAUUUUUCCUGCAAUAUAAAUACAAGAUUCUGAUUCGCUUCGCCUUUCUACUCGGCCCCGCCCCCUCACCACUUGCCCCCCCCCUUCAUAACUUAGCCCCGAACCUGCAACAACUUGGUCCCACCCCUUCACCGCCUGGUCACGCCCACUUCAUAACCUGGUUCCGCCUCCUUACAACUUGGCCACUCCUCCCUCCUUCAUUCGGUUCCGCCCACAAGCUUGGCCCCGCCCCUGUCCCUCCACCGCAGCCGGCUCAGCACACGUGUCAAUACAGUACAGUCAUUGUAUACUGGAUAGUGGCGACUGUUCACUGAACGUUUUACCAUUCGUAUAGCUUACGGUAUAUAUCUUUAUUCUAUUGAUUUUUUAACCAUUGUAUCGAGUAUACCCUAUUGUAUUUAUCAUACCGUUGUAUUGCCUUGUUGCGCCCUAUCGUGUUGACCACUGUAUACAUUAUUUACAGCGAAUAUAAUUACAGUACAGUACCGGUAACGCACCAUUCGCUUGCCGAUAAUAUUUACGUUGUACGGUUAAUAUUCCUGUCUUGUAUGUGUGUGUGUCGACUGCGGUGUAUUUAAGAAUGCCGGACGUGACGGCCUAGAUGAUUUACACGGCUGCCUGAAUUGAACAAGCCGUUGUUGCAUCUCCUGUGUCUCGUCUUGGCCAGGGGAAGGGGUAAAGAGACUCAAUAGGAGGGGAGAAGGUUAGGAGCGGGGCCAUAGACUUUGACUCUAAGCUGGGAAGAAGUGAGUGGGGUGAAGCGACAUUCACUGGACAGACAUCACGACCGGGUUACAUCAUCCAACACGACUGGUCUCACGUCUUUAUUUUAUUUUGCCGGGGGGGGGGGGUUGAGCCAAGGCAUCGCUCCGCCUCCCACGCCGCGUUGCUGUUUAGUCCAUCACCAAAGCGCCAGUUAUUGUCCUGGGCACAGCGUGUUCGUGACCCACACACACAUAUACUGUGUCACCGUGUGUGUGUGUAUAUAUAACACAUCGCCAUUCAAACACAACCUGUAUAUUAACGUUCACACACCGUGUAUUUUGACGUAUACACACGUUUAUAAUGUUAGAUUCUACACACAGAUACAUAUACAGUGUGAUUUCACACGCUUAAUACAGCACACGGUGUAUAUACACAAACAUUGUGUGCGCGUGUUAUACAUUGUGAGUAUUUUAUACAGGCACACGGUCGCACACCGCACGCAUCCAUUCAUUCACUCGCCAAACACCGCGCACGCACCACUUUCUGGGGUCAAUACUAUAGUUUAUCGGUAUAUUAUUGGUGGUUAUAGUAUACGCUGCUUUGGGCUUGUAUCAUCCUAUAUUGACACACACACAGGACUAACUGCAUAGACUCCACGUACACCACACACGUGUAAACUGUACACAGCGCUACGACCUGCAGACACUAACACACACACACUAACACACAUCGAGACGACACGCGAUCGCCAGCACAUAGCAGGCGACACAGAGUUCACAGCAAUCAGACAAACAACCACACACAACCAGCAUGGAUCUGGGAAGGUCGGGACUCCGGCUCCUGAUGGCGAGGCUCUGCACGACGCACGUCCCCGCCGCGUCCCAGCCGCGGAGGCCGCUCGCCUCCACGCAGAGCCCCGCGCCCGCCCGCGGCGAGGGACCGGGGCUCGAACCGGGCCGGCCCGGGCGUUGGGGCGGCCUCACCGUCGAGUCCAUGAACCCCAACGUGCGCGCCGUGGAGUACGCCGUGAGGGGUCCCAUCGUGGUGCGCGCCGAGCAGGUGGAGAGGGAGCUGCUGCAGGGCAUGGAGAAGCCCUUCUCGGAGGUGAUCAAGGCCAAUAUUGGUGACGCGCACGCCAUGGGCCAGCGGCCAAUCACCUUCCUGCGCCAGGUGCUGGCGCUGUGCGCCUGCCCUGAGCUGCUGGAGCGCGACGGCUUCCCCGAGGACGCCAAGCAACGCGCACAGCGCAUCCUGCAGAACUGCGGCGGCGUCAGCAUCGGCUCGUACAGCGCCAGCCAGGGCAUCGCCUGCGUGCGGGAGGACGUGGCGCGCUUCCUGGAACGCCGCGAUGGCAUCGCCGCUAACGCAGACGACAUUUACCUGUGCACGGGCGCCAGCGAGGGUGUCGUGACGCUGCUCAAGCUGCUGGUGUCGAACGGCGGGCGCGUCCGGAGCGGCGUGCUCAUCCCCAUCCCGCAGUACCCGCUCUACUCGGCAGCGCUGUCCGAGCUGGGCGCCGAGCAGCUGGGCUACGAGCUGGACGAGGGACGCGGCUGGGCGCUCGACGUGCGCGAGCUGCGUCGGGUCCUGGGGCGGGCGCGCCGCAGCUGCGAGCCGCGGGCCCUGUGCGUCAUCAACCCCGGCAACCCCACGGGACAAGUGCAGGACCGGCAUAGCAUCGAAGAGGUGAUUGAAUUCGCUGCUGAAGAGGGUCUCUUCAUCAUCGCGGACGAGGUGUACCAGGACAACGUGUACGCCCCCGGCUGCCAGUUCCACUCCUUCAAGAAGGUCCUGCACGACAUGGGGCCCGAGUACGAGCAGACGGUGCAGCUCGCGUCGCUGCACUCCACCUCCAAGGGCUUCCUUGGCGAGUGCGGCCAGCGCGGAGGCUACAUGGAGGUGCUGAACCUGCCGGCGGGCGUGAAGGCCGAGCUUGUGAAGCUGGUGUCGGUACGUCUGUGCCCGCCCGUGCUGGGCCAGGCCACCGUGGACGUGCUGGCGAACCCGCCGGAGCUCGGCGAGCCCUCCCACAGCCUCUACGUGCAGGAGCGCGACUCGGUGCUGCGCUCGCUCGCGCGCAAGGCGCUGCUCACGGCUCAGCUGCUCAACGGCACGGAGGGGAUCGCGUGCAACCCCGUGCAGGGAGCCAUGUACGCCUUCCCGCGCGUGCACAUCCCACCGCGAGCUGUGGCCGAGGCGCAGGCACGAGGCCUCCUCCCCGACAUGUUCUACUGCCUGCAGCUGCUGGAAGAGACUGGGAUCUGCGUGGUGCCGGGCAGCGGCUUUGGCCAGAAGGACGGCACCCACCACUUCCGCAUGACCAUCCUGCCGCCCGAGGAGAAGCUGAAAAUUCUCCUGACCAAGGUGACCGAGUUCCACGCGAGGUUCACCGAGCUCUACGCCUGAUCGCCCCUCUUCCCACCCCGCCUCCCCCCCCCUCCUCCCCCGUCACCCACCACACGGCGUGACGACGCUCUGCCCCACCGCGACCCACCUCGUCGGAUCUCAUCGCUCCUCCGUCUCGGCACAAAAGAAACUGGCUGCUCCCGGGAUCUCUCGAAGACCGUCUUGCCGGAUUGGGGACUAGGAAGGUGGACUCAAUAACAUCCGGAAGCGCCACCUUGACCCCGGCCUGCGCUUGCCUUCUGAAAUGAACUCCUGGCCGUGUCGGCUGAACGGCCGCUGCGGUUGAGAUUGCCGGACGAGCCGAUGGAGCCGGCUUGCGUUCGCCGCGUCACCUCUUUGUGUACUCGUGGGCGGUGACGCGCGGUGUGUGGGUCGGCUCGAUGGCUUACGCGUCACACGCGCGCACGCGCGCCAACGCUGUCCGUGCGUUGGCGCGCGUGCGCACAAGGGGAAAGCGAACCUAUCGCCAAUGAAUGUAGCGACAGCAACAACAAUAGCAACCACCACGUGCUGCUAAGCGGCGGUGCAGUCGCACGGCGCUUGUGCCAGGUGCCUUGCACCGGUUACAAAGUCUUAUCUAGCGCGUAGGCAAAAGCACACACAGAGACGCGCGCGCACGGACGCAGUCGGCCUCACGCUGUCCCUCCCAACGAGCAAGUCCCACGUGGCAUCGACACUUCUCUCUGUCCUGCUGUAGAAUCCCCCGCCAAACGCGGCUGUGUUGAUGUCAGGAGGCCUCUACCACACCCACCACCCUUUGACUAAAGUUCGGAAUAACAGAACAGGGGUGGUGGGAUGCCCGGAACAGCGUGCGUGCACGCGAACGCGCGCCCCCCGCGGCACGGUGGCUGCUACACGCGACGGCGCGCGCGUUUAUGCCCGCACGCGCGCGUGCGGUUACGUAAACGACGAUGCCAUUAACGCGCAUACGUUUAGUCGGGAGCACGUUCGGGCCCGCCCGCGUGACACGUGCGGGCGCGGUCGACGUUCGGUCUCCCGCGGGCGCGGGUUCCUCCCGCUCUUGUGAUUUCAGCAGCCAGAAUUCGCCACUGCUCGAAGAAACGGCUGGAAGGCAUCGUCGCCCAGGGGGUGAUUUGUCCCAUUCGGGGCCGUGGCGAAGUUUGCCGCGUUGUCGUCGAAAAUCGGACAGGCCGAGCAACGUUCAGGCUAUACAGAUAAAUCGAGCCCUGUUGUGGUCACGUGUUCGCUAGACGUAACGGGGACCGGUCGAAAAGAUUUUGAGAAGGAGACGGGAACGGAGUAUCGCACAGAGCUAAUGUGAGGCGUUUCGCGAUAUCCGUGUCAGUGUUUUGCAAGCUAAUGCUGUUGUUUGAAUUGGUUGAAAGCACUGCAGAGCCGAGGUGCCAUGGUGAGAGCGUUUAGUUUACCAACUUGCUCUUUGGCUAACCCUCUCAUACUUAACACUUAACGAAGCUUAGUCACGUGCGUUGUAUUGCAGAACUUAACUCGUAGCAUUGUUGCCGCUGCGAAAACCGUGCACGGAUCGGGUAGAAUUAUUUUUUUAAAGGGAUUUUGAUUUCUCUAGUGGAGAUGAUGGUUACAGUGAUUUUUUAACUUGACUGUCCCCACCGCGUGCGGGUCUUCUAAACCGAGUACUCGUUUUGGUGCAGUUUUGAGGCUGUAUGGUGGCAACCCCGGAGACAGUUUUGAAUAACCGGACUCUCGACUGUAGCUGGCCAAAGACGUCUGGAUUUUAUUUUCUCCUUGUACCUCCUUUCCACUGCGCAACUGAGCCACGCUGGGGCCACGCGGAGGCAGCCCGGCUCGGCUCAACGUUGUUUUUCCACUGCAGAUGCCGAGCAGUGCCACUCGCGUACCGCACACGCAAAGAACGAGUCGAGACGCAUUCAGGUGGACGCGGUGAUGCUGAGCUUAACCCUUUCCCAUUCCGAUGAUGUAUGUGUACUUCAUAGAAACGGAAUUGGAAGAAAAAAUAAACGAACUAUCGGUA